AUGGAUGCACACAAAUUUCGCGUUCCCAAACCCAACUACCUCCCUCAUAAGCAAGAUAUUGAUCAUGAUAUUGUUGAAGAGCAUCAUACGUCGCUCGGACUUGCCAGCGACAUGGAAAACGCUAGAUUCUACAAUAAAUGCAAGCGCAUGGCGGAAGAAUCCGGCAUCACGCGACCGAAGGGUUACAAUGUAUCGUUUCACUGCAAUCCAGACAUGGAGAAGCACCACUUCGGCAUGACACACCCCAUGAAGCCCUGGCGCCUCACUCUUUCCAAGUCCCUUAUCUACUCCUAUGGCAUGUCAUUCGCCAUGGACAACUACGUUUCGCGCGCUGCCACGUAUGAGGAGCUAGCUACGUUUCACUCGACCGACUAUCUGGACUUUCUCGGUACAGUCCUUCCAGAGCCCGUUCCGCGCGAUCUUGAAAACCAAAAUCCAGAUCUCAAAUUCAACCUCGGCGGCUCCGACUGCCCCCUCUUCGACGGUCUCUACGACUACUGCUCCAUGUCGGCCGGCGGCGCGCUCGACGGCGCGCGCAAGCUCUGUUCCAAGCAGUCGGACAUUGCGGUUGCCUGGGGUGGCGGCCUGCACCACGCGAAGAAGGCCGAAGCCUCGGGCUUUUGCUACAUCAACGACAUUGUUGUCGCUAUUCUUCAACUCUUGCGUUACUACCCUCGUGUUCUCUACAUUGACAUUGACGUGCACCAUGGCGACGGCGUUGAGGAGGCCUUCUUCUCGACCGACCGUGUCAUGACUGUCUCUUUCCACAAGUACGACCCAAACAACUUUUUCCCCGGCACAGGCGCGCUGGACGACAAUGGGCCUAAGAGCGAGCAUAAUCCCGGCGCGCACCAUGCCGUCAACGUGCCCCUCAACGACGGCAUUACCGAUGAGCAAUACGAUUGGCUCUUCAAUUCCAUCAUCGGCCGUAUCGUCGAAAAAUUCCGCCCGGGUGCCAUUGCCCUACAGUGUGGCGCCGACUCCCUGGCUGGUGACCGCCUAGGUCGCUUUAACCUACAAGUUCAGGGUCACGGCGCCUGUGUCGAGUUUUGCAAAAAAUACAACCUACCCUUAAUCCUCUUUGGUGGUGGUGGGUACACGCCGCGCAAUGUCGCUCGCGCCUGGGCCUAUGAGACAUCCAUUGCGAUCGGCUGCGACGAUAAGAUCAAUCCGACGCUGCCGCAGCACUUGCCUUGGCGCGACCAGUUCCGCCAGGACACCCUUUUCCCAACUCUGGAGCAGAUCCUCGGCGAGCCGCGCGUCAAUCGCAACUCGCAGAAGCGCCUCGCAGACAUCCUGCAGCAUGUCACUGAGCAACUGCGCUUCGUCCAGGCCGCGCCCAGUGUGCAGAUGCAGGCAAUUCCACCCGACCUGGCCGGCAUUCGUGAGGACGUUGAGCAACGCCUCAAGGAAGAGAAAGAAGAAAGAAGCAACGAGCUGCGGCGAGCGAGAGAGGCGGGGACAGCCGUACCUAUGGAAUUUUGA